CUUGAUCGUUUGUCGAGUUGAGUAGGUUUUGGAGAAAUGGGAAGAGAACGAGAGAUGUCGUCUCCCUCCUCAUCCUACACCGUCGAGCAGCUAGUCGCAGUCAAUCCGUACAAUCCCGACAUCCUUCCCGAUCUCGAGGCCUACGUUAACGAGCAGGUUUCAUCACAAACAUACAGUUUGGAUGCAAAUCUCUGCCUUCUUCGGCUCUAUCAGUUUGAGCCAGAGCGGAUGAGCAUCCAAAUUGUUGCUCGGAUUUUGGUCAAGGCUCUCAUGGCAAUGCCAGCUCCAGAUUUUAACCUCUGUCUCUUCUUAAUCCCAGAACGAGUGCAAAUGGAGGAACAGUUCAAGACACUGAUUGUCCUCUCACAUUAUCUUGAGACAGCAAGGUUCCGUGAGUUUUGGGAUGAGGCAGCAAAAAACCGCAGCAUAGUUGAAGUUGUACCAGGUUUUGAGCAAGCAAUCCAAGCUCAUGCAAUUCAUGUCCUUUCACUGACUUAUCAGAAGGUUCCGCGACCUGUCCUUGCUGAGGCGAUCAACAUCGAGGGCCUCUCUUUGGACAAGUUUCUGGAGCACCAGGUGGCCAACUGCGGGUGGGCCCUGGAGAAGGGCCAUGGCCGGGGCCAGCUCAUUGUGCUUCCUCGCAACGAAUUCAACCAGCCGGAGCUCAAGAAAAACACUGCAGACAGCAUCCCGUUAGACCACAUAACUCGCAUAUUCCCCAUUCUCAGCUGAUUUUUCAUUUUUUUUCUUCCAGUAUGGUGACAGUUGCUAGUGAGGUGGUGCAUUAUGGAUUGAUUUGAAGUCCUAUGCAGGAUAUCAGCUAUCUGAUCAUUCUUGUAAUGUUUGAGACUGCAAGCUUCUUGUUGUUGUGUUUUGAAUUUGGAAGAUAUACUUGUGGCAGUUGUUACUUGGUAAA